AAAACCAAACCUCUCGGAUCGGUUCUCCCCACAAAUUUUGACAUUCUUUUAUUCAAAAAAAGAAAAAAAAAAAAAAAAAACCCACCCAGCGCACCCUCUCGAUCACAGUCACCGCAGCCAAUUAGCGCCGGAUGCGUUCUCUUCGCCGCUUUCCAUUUCCUCUUUUCUGGGUUCGAGCCAGAUAAGUACUUUUGCUUCUGCUUAUUUCUUGAUUGCCUUCUCGCAGUUUAAUCGCUGUUAUUGGAAGUUUAGGUUCUUGCGUUUGAAGGGUUUUCUCUUGGUUGUUUUGUUUCUUUUUGGUUGGAUUCAUGUUAUGGGCCAAAUGGGUGUUGUUUGAAUGAAAUUCUCAAUUACCUAGCGCCUACCGGGGAAAUUUCAAUCUGGGUCAUGCUUGAUUUCUCCAGAUUUAGUGGUUUAAGAAUCAUGUGAAGAGAUUGGAUCGUGGGGUAUGCGGUUUUUGGUAUGAGGUGAAAUGAUUUUUUGACAUAUGGAAGGGAAUUUAUCUCAAGGAGGGUUGAUUCCAGGUGGGUCCUCUUAUGGAGGUCUCGAUUUGCAAGGAUCGUUUAAGGUUCAUAAUCAGGCUUUACACCACCAUCCUCACUCUCAUACUCGUCAGGGAUCUUCAGCCAAUCCCUCCAUUCAGGAAGGAUUUUCACUUUCCAUGGCAGCUCUGCAGAAUUGUGACCAUACCAUGUCCAUGGUAGAUUAUAACAAGGGAGAAAGGUUUAAAAACUCGCCCAGCGAUGAUGAGCCGAGCUUUACCGAAGAUGGCGUUGAUGGUCAUAAUGAGACUAGUAAGGGGAAGAAGGGAUCGCUGUGGCAUCGCGUGAAAUGGACGGAUAAAAUGGUGAAGCUUCUCAUUACUGCAGUGUCUUAUAUAGGAGAUGAUAUUGCCUCAGAUCAUGAUGGGGGUGGAAGAAGAAAAUUUCAGAUUAUACAGAAGAAAGGCAAAUGGAAGUUGAUAUCUAAGGUGAUGGCUGAAAGGGGUUAUCAAGUUUCACCCCAGCAGUGUGAGGAUAAAUUCAAUGACCUCAAUAAGAGGUAUAAGAGGCUCAAUGAUAUAAUUGGGAGAGGCACUUCUUGCCAGGUUGUUGAGAACCCUGCACUUCUUGAUGUCUUAGAUUACUUAACCGACAAAGAUAAGGACGAUGUGCGAAAAAUUUUGAACUCGAAGCAGUUGUUCUAUGAAGAGAUGUGUUCUUAUCAUAAUUCGAAUAGGCUCCAUCUGCCUCAUGAUCCUGCUUUGCAGCGCUCUUUGCAGCUGGCUUUUAGAGCAAGGGAUGAUCAUGAUAACGAUGAGCCAAGGAGACACCAAAAUGAUGAUUUUGAUGAAAACGAACAUGGUGAGACUGAUGAACAUGAUGAUUUUGAGGAGAACUUUGCACCCCAUGGGGACAAUAGGCGAUUAUUUGGAGCAGGGUCGGCGAAGAGGCUCAGACGAGGACAAGACCAUGAUGAAGCUCAUGCCUGUGGCAAUUCCUUGACUUCUCAUGAUUGCAACAAAAGUUCUCAUACUUACUCACAAUUUACUCCAGCUGAUACGGCACAGUUAGAAACCGAAAGUAUGAAGGCUUCUACAUCGCAAAAACAGUGGAUGGAGCUCCGCUUACUUCAGAUGGAAGAUCAGAAGCUUCAGAUUCAAGUUGAAAUGUUGGAAUUGGAGAAACAGAGGUUCAAGUGGGAGAGAUUUAACAAGAAAAAGGACUGCGAGUUGGAAAAAAUGAGGAUGGUAAACGAGAGGAUGAAGCUUGAAAAUGAGCGCAUCGCACUCGACUUAAAGCAAAAGGAAAUCGGAUCGGGAUUUCAUUAAUUGGCUGCUGUUUUCUGAACUAAUUUUAUUAGGUCAGAAGAUUUGCAUUCAAUUAAGCUACUACUUUGGAUCGAUAAGCUGCUGCUGUUUAUAUUCUUUCUGGUUAUGCGAGUAAUGAGGGAGAGCUGUAUUUGGGUAUUUUUACAUUGCCUACAUCUAGCAUGUAAAGUUAGAAAAGUGACAAUACAAAUGGUUGCUUUUCACUGUUUUUGCCUUUACUUAUGUGUGAACUUUUGUGGUUGAGGAACUUGAAGAAUGGUUGGAUGUUUUAUCUGUCAAAUUUCUGCCAUUUCUCCCAACUAAUUAUUUUCUAGCAUACAAAUGAUUAUAUACACUACUGGAUUCUUGAGCUUAUUGUAUGGAGAAUUGCAUACUGUCACUUCUGAAUGGUGUGGAUUUCAUGGUGCUUUCUUCUUUCAAUUGGGCUUUUUAAUUAUUUUCCGAUAAUGGAACAUCGGGGGCCUCCACGCCCAAAAGUUAGCUCCUAGAGAUAACAAAGAUUUUAAGUUAUCAAGUUUUCUAGAAACUUGAAAUGUAUCUCCUAACAUCUGAAUUCCUUAUCGCCAACAUUCUGUGGAAGUUUAUUGGAAUGGAUUCUGAAUUUGUUAUGAGAUAAAACAUAAACUGAUUUGAGGAGACAUUGGCUGGAAAUAUUCUCCAAUAAGCUGUGAUGACUUUUACAGUCUCAUUUUUUAGAUUUUAGUGGAAAUAUUGAUGAGAAUCAGUGAGUUCUCUGAAGUGUUCUUAUUCAUCUUUUAGGCUUGUCAAAAACUUCUCACAACUCCAUCUAAGAUUUAUGGUCAAAAUCAGGUGAUGUUUCAGCCAAUAUAUCAGAUGGGAGAGGAUCUUAGAUUAUGACUCUGAGGUUGUUACUGUCACUUCCAGCAUCUAUGCAGAAUUCUCGACGAUCUGCAAACCAGAUAACUAUAACGAACCUCCCCACUACUUGGAAGGGCUCGAGCGAGAACUGUUUUCGUUCCUACUUGUGUAGAUAUCUCUAUUCAGGCAAGUCUUUUGGUCUGUAAGUAAACGUACUAACAGGUGUGCAAAAUAGACGUCAGGGGACUUGAAUCUUGUAUGGUACUUCAAACGAAUUAACUCGUAACGUCUGAACUACUACUAAUACACGUCGAAGUUUUACGUUGUAAAGCA